CCUCAACCCACCUAGAGGCAAACUCGCAGCUCAGUUGAAGCACAAUGCCCCCAAAGUCUGUAAUCGAUCGAUCUAAUGUGCCUGCGACGAGACGUAUUAUUGCUCACCGACCAGCCGAGUCCAUCGUACACUUUCCAUCUACGUCCUGGUCACCCGAACCAUCUUCAUACACCAGUGAUUUCUCGGUCAGGGCAUUUUUUACCUUUGCAUGUCGCGUUUGGUCUGUCAAGAGACGUUGGAGAACAAUACAGAAGUUGAGAGAGUUUAAGGACGAUCUGCAGUCUAUAUGCGAUAAUGGCCACCAAGGCGAGUUCCGGGAGAUUGUAAAAGAGACUUUUACGGAAAUUAUGGCUGUGCUCGAGGAGAACCGCAAGAAAAUGAAGGAACUCGCAGAACGCGCGAAAGCUGAUGCAGAAGAACGAGGACAAAAUCGACAGUCCUAGUUCAUCUUCUCUAAUCGUCUUCGUCUCGUUCUGGUGGUUUAUGGCGUUAUGCCCGAGACGAUCGUGCUUUGCAGAAAUGUACUUUUACCUACAAUCCUGGCUGGCGACCGAAAUAAACCC